AUGAACGGCACUCAACAGACCCAAGACGCUGUCGCACAAGAGCCAUUGCAGCCAGCAGCCGCCAAUGCUAAUGCUGCUGCGAACGCCAAUGGUUCGUCGACGGCGGCUAAGAAGCGCAAGAAGGAGAGCCUGAAGCCCAUUAUUACCACCGAGACACCACCCGCCGCGCCCGGUGCCGCACGUUCUUCCCUGCGCUCCAUCCGUAUGGCGGGGCGAACACAGCGAAAGCAGAGGGCAGUGUCCAGUCAAUGUGCCCAGCACCGCGCCGCGCAGUUUGUCUCACACCCGGGCAUCUGGACAUAUGCAGAGCAACGGACCGCCUUCGAAAGAUGCUGCGACAGCACUGUCAAAGACGUGGAAGAAGAGCACGAUGAGACGACAGACAACGAAUGGAUGCUCAGGGGGUCCAUCCAGUGGGACCAACGCUGA